UUGUUAGGAUGGAAUUGGCUGGAAUUGGAAUUAAUUUCCAAAGUCAUCUUGUUUGGUUGCUCCCGGAAUUGGAAAGAGGGAUUCCUCAGGAUUCCAACUCUAUCUACCGCACAUUCCGACCCUAAAAAGAGGAAAUCGUUUCCUCGGUCCCGAGUCCCGACCGCGACUAUUCCUCUUUCCCCCCGCGCGCGCCGCCCCGACUCCUUCCCCUUGCGCCGCCGCCCACUUCCUCCGCCGCCCCCUCCUCCACUUCUCCGCCGCCCCCUCCUCCACUUCCUCCAUCGGCCCCCUCCUCCGCUGCCCCCUCCUCCGUCGACCCCCUCCAGAGCCGGCACAGAGUGCGCCGCCCGUGCACAGAGUGCGCCGCCCGUGCCGCUCCUCCGCGCGAGCAGCUUCUCGCCGGCGACCACACGCCACGCGAGGCUGUAGACAGAUCUGAGGGAAGGGAAGCAUAGGGACGGGAGGAGGAGGAGCUCGGCAGCUAUCCAUUUUACUCACUGGAAGAUCGACGUGCAUCACCAAUACUCCUGCCUUGCUACUGGUUAAGGCGUUGCUGGGCGGCUUCAAGAAGGGUGCAAGGAACUGAUAUGCUGAGGCAUUGAUACAUUAUGCCUGACAACAACAUAGACUUGGUUAAUACAAGCAUGGAGCAAAUGAGAGAGAUGAGUAGGAAAAAGAGAAAAAGGGUGGCUGCUUUAUUUGUUUCUGCUGUCAUGAGCAUGAUUGUGCACUGGUAUCAGCGUAAGAGACCUAGACAUAUUGUUGAUCCGAAUGAAGUGGUUGAGAGAGAUGUAGCUACACGCAAACAAAUGCUAAGAAAUCUGUACCAAGGAUCAAAUGUCUAUUGCUAUGAUAGUUUGCGCCUAACUAAGAGAUCAUUUUAUGACCUAUGUGCCAUCUUACGUGAGAGAUGUGGUAUGUGUGAUAACAAGAAUGUGUCGGUAGAAGAAAAGGUAGCAAUCUUUUUGCUUGUAGUGGGUCAUGGCACUAAGAUGAGGAUGAUUCGUAGCUCAUAUGGAUGGUCACUUGAGCCAAUCUGCCGUCACUUCAAUGAGGUGCUUAGAGGUAUUCUAUCAUUAUGCCAUGAAUUUAUCAAGCUUCCUGAUCCAUCAGCUGUACAACCUGAGGAUUCCAAGUGGAAGUGGUUUGAAGAUUGCCUUGGAGCAUUAGAUGGUACACACAUUGACGUUUUUGUGCCUUUAGCUGACCAAGGGAGGUAUAGGAAUAGGAAGCAACAGAUUACCACCAAUGUUUUAGGGGUUUGUGAUCGUCACAUGAAAUUUGUUUACGUCUUAGCGGGAUGGGAAGGAUCAGCUUCAGAUUCACGUGUGCUACGUGAUGCAAUGUCUCGGGACGAUGCAUUUGUUAUUCCAAGUGGGAAAUACUAUCUAGUAGAUGCGGGAUACACCAAUGGACCGGGCUUUCUUGCUCCAUAUCGAUCCACUCGCUACCACUUGAAUGAGUGGGCUGCUCAAGGGCAUAACCCAUCCACUGCCAAAGAACUAUUCAAUUUGCGCCAUUCAACUGCUAGAAAUGUGAUAGAGAGAACAUUUGGGCUAUUGAAGAUGAGGUGGGCUAUACUAAGAAGCAACUCAUAUUUUGACUUGCAAAAUCAGAUUAGGAUCAUUAAUGCUUGCUGCAUAUUGCACAACUUUGUAAUUGAUAGACAGAGAGAUAUGGAUGAUUUACUUAUACACCAAGUUGAUCAAGUAAUAUCUUUUGAACCUCAUGAAGUUCAAAGUGAAGUGGGUAUGAUUACCAAUGUUCAAUCAACAAAUGAAUGGAGCAAUUUUAGGGAUACCAAAGCUAACCAAAUGUUUGCUGAUUACCAAGCAAGACGUGGUCAAUGAUAUGGAGAAGGGCAAGAAGUCAGGCUCGGGCAGGGGUUACAUUUCUUGGAAUGAUGACAUGGACAAGGCUCUUCUUGACACAUUUGUGGAGUACUAUAACAAGGGUGACAGAUGCCAGAAUGGGUGGAAGUCUCAUGUCUAUACAACUGCUAUCAAGAAUGUCCGAGAAAAGUGUAAUGUGGAUAUCUCAAAAGACAAUAUCAUGGCGAGGAACAAGACCUUUGACAAACACUACACUAUCAUCAAUGGUAUGCUGGAAUCAAGUGGAUUUGGUUGGGAUUGGAACAAAAAUAAAAUAUCUGUUGAUAGUGAUGCUGUAUGGGAAGAAUAUGUGGCGAAAAACAAAGAAGCUUCUGGUUAUAGGCACAAGACUGUCUUGUACUGGGACUCAAUCAGCUUGGUGUUUGGCAAAGACCAUGCUACCGGUGAAGCGGCAAGGACUGCAGCUGAGAGCUCAAAAGACAUGAGUAAGGAAGAUCUUAGUAACAAAGAGCCCACAUCAUCGGCAACUUCAGGAAGUUUAAAGAGGCAACGGUCAGGCGACUCUUUUACCUCUAUGAUGGCUGAAAAACUAGACAAGUUUGCUGAAGCACUAAAGGAGGAAGCCCCUAAAGGACCAACAUCAAAAGAAAUUCUAGACACACUGAAUGAAGUACAAGGAUUGGAUGAAGACACUUUGUUGGACCUAUUUGAUAUCCUGACCGGUGACGCACGCAAGUACGAGUCUCUGUUGGCGCUUCCAGAGAGGAUGAGGAAGAGGUGGCUUCUAAAACAGCUCAACAAGUGAAGAAACUAGUUCAUCUAUAUCAAGUGAUGGAUAAUAUCUAUUGAACUUGUAAUAAUAUGUAGCUCAUCUGAAAGUAUUAUCUUGUAUUUUAUCUGUAUUUUCCUAGCUGGAGGUAUGUAACUCGUGUAUGAUGUGGUUUUCUUCGAAAACAGUGCUAAGUAUUAGUCUGAAAACAGUGCUAAGUACUCAUCUUUAAUUCCUGAGAAAACAGUGCUAAGUACUCAUCUUUAA